AUGAUUUUGAAGGGUGGGGCUGGGCCAGACUUGGUUGUGGACCUUUCAUGGUUGAGAGAUGUCGUUAUCCACUCCACGAACAACUACUUUGAUUACUCAGAACUAAUCAAAUCCAUUGUGGGCAACCAAGACUCAAACCAACACCUCUCAAUCUUCGAUGAUGGAUGGAUAGAUGGGGAGAAAUGCCAGCAUGGUUGGGGAAACCACACACAGCUCUAUUUGUUAAAUCUCUCCAGGAAUUCGCUUGUUUCAUCUAUUCCUGAUUCGAUUACGAGGUUGCAUUAUCUGGGUGUUCUAGAUCUUCACUCAAACCAGCUAACAGGACCCAUCAACAAGGUUUUUGACAUAGAGAAGAAUGCAUGUCUCGACGGCUCAGAUGGUAGAGUGCCCAAAACACUUGGAAACUUGAGAGCAAUGCAGACUUUGGAUUUCAGCUGCAAUAAGUUGGGUUUCAACUUGCCAGAGACUUUGGCAAAUGCAAGUUCACUGGAGAAGCUGAAGCUGCGGAGAAACCACUUCGCAGAUAGGAUACCAGUUGGAAUUCUCAAUUUGGGAAAGCGGAAGGAAAUGGAUUUAUCCGAUAAUCGGCUACUGGGGGAAAUACCUGCAAGAACACCUUUCAACAACUUUCCAGAGAGAUCUUACUCUGGAAACAAAGAUUUAUGUGGUAAACCUCUUAGUCCCUGUAAGGCUUGA